AUGCCAAACAGCGGGAACUCUACAACGUCCCUUAAGAAUGUUGAACCAGGCAACAUGACUGGGGACUAUUAUAUUCUCUUUUCCAAUUUGCCGUUUAAUUCGACCUGGCAACAAGUCAAAGAUUGGGUUUCAGCAUCUUGUGAUGUCGACUUUGUUGAGGUAUUUCCAGUCAGUAGCUCGGGAUGGAUCCGCCUCAAGGGGAAGAGUAACUUUAGAAGCGCAUUCACAUACAUGGAUAACCAGCCAUUCAAAGAUCGAUGUAUAAUCAUUGAUGGCCGAAACGAAACCGAAUGUGUAAACAUCAGGAUCAGACAUAUGAGCCCGGCGGCGGCGCGUUUCCGUCGGAGAUUGAGCCUCGCCGGGGGGAGCCGGGGCCGGCGAACGGCACUGAGGCAGACUCAGUCGCCGGCUCAGGGCCCCAUGCCACAACACAGUCGCACUCACAGCGUUCCCCAGACUGAGGUUGAUGCUGUUGAUUUUGCAGACACUACACCGGCGCGGGCAAAUGGAGAUGUUUUGGCUCUUGCCAACUUCAUUCUUAGCAUGAGUCUGCGAAGCACUCUGCAAAUGCAGCAGCAGUACGGUCUUCCACUUGGCUUUCCUUUUUAUGGUGGGGGGUAUUAUACCAUGGGCAACCCCAAUACUAGCUCUUACUAUGAUGGCGUUUAUGAUCAAGAUGAAGCUGUUUUUGCGGAUGAUGCUUCUCAGAGCUCCCAUUGA